UCUUGCCAGCGCGGCAGUGGUGGCUCUCUUGGUUCCGUCCAGCGGGUCCCGUAAACGAGCUGAGGCGGAGAAAGGGCGCGGAACUGGAAGAGGGUGAGUCAGGCACUGUCUACGCGAUAAAGGGAGGCAGCACCGCGGCGCAGCGCUGAGUUGAGUAAGUGCGGCCCCUGCAGUCUAUUCAGGGACGCCGCGAUCUAGCGCCAGCGAGAAGAGGGCGAGGAGGAGCCAGAACCCGGUCCUUGCACCCAUUCUCGCCCUCGUACCCCGCCGCCAUCUCCACCAUGCAGUCCCGGGAAGAAGCUCCGCGCUCUCGCCGCCUGGCCAGUCCCCGCGGCGGAAGGCGGCCCAAGAGAAUUUCCAAACCUUCUGUUUCAGCUUUUUUCACGGGCCCGGAGGAGCUGAAGGACACGGCUCAUUCUGCAGCCCUCCUGGCACAGCUGAAGUCCUUCUACGACUCGCGGCUGUUAUGUGAUGUGACCAUCGAGGUGGUGACGCCUGGUAGCGGGCCUGGCACCGGCCGCCUUUUUUCCUGCAACCGUAACGUGCUGGCUGCCGCGUGUCCCUACUUCAAGAGCAUGUUCACCGGUGGCAUGUACGAGAGCCAGCAGGCGAGCGUGACCAUGCAUGAUGUGGAUGCUGAGUCCUUCGAGGUGCUGGUCGACUACUGCUACACCGGUCGCGUGUCGCUAAGUGAGGCCAACGUGCAACGCCUUUACGCGGCCUCUGACAUGUUACAGCUCGAGUACGUACGGGAAGCCUGUGCCUCCUUCCUAGCCCGCCGCCUUGACCUGGCCAACUGCACCGCCAUCCUCAAGUUUGCCGACGCCUUUGACCAUCACAAGCUGCGAUCACAGGCCCAGUCCUUUAUAGCCCACAAUUUCAAGCAGCUCAGCCGAAUGGGUUCAGUAAGGGAGGAGAGUCUGGCAGAUCUGAGCUUGGCCCAGCUGCAGGCCGUCCUGCGUCUGGAUAGUCUAGAUAUCGAGAGUGAGCGGACCGUGUGUCAUGUGGCGGUGCAGUGGUUGGAGGCGGCUCCCAAGGAGCGGGGCCCCAGCGCUGCGGAAGUCUUCAAGUGUGUCCGCUGGACGCACUUCAGAGAUGAAGAUCAGGAUUACCUGGAAGGGCUGUUAACCAAGCCCAUUGUCAAGAAGUACUGUCUGGACCUUAUUGAAGGGGCCCUGCAGAUGCGAUAUGGUGACAAGUUGUGCAAGUCCCUGGUGCCGAAGCCAGAUAGCAGCAACAGCUCUGUUGUACCCACAGCAGAAAAUCCCCCCCAGAGACUGGGUAUGUGUGCCAAGGAGAUGGUGAUCUUCUUUGGACAUCCUAGAGAUCCCUUUCUCUGCUAUGACCCAUACUCAGGGGACAUUUACACAAUGCCAUCCCCUUUAACCAGCUUGGCUCACACUAAGACUAUCACCUCCUCAGCUGUCUGUGUCUCUCCAGACCACGACAUCUACCUGGCCGCUCAGCCCAGGAAGGACCUGUGGGUGUACAAGCCAGCCCAGAACAGCUGGCAGCAGCUUGCCGACCGCCUGCUGUGUCGGGAGGGCAUGGAUGUGGCCUACCUCAAUGGCUACAUCUACAUUUUGGGUGGGCGAGACCCGAUUACUGGAGUUAAACUGAAGGAAGUAGAAUGCUACAGUGUCCAGAGGAACCAGUGGGCACUGGUGGCUCCUGUACCCCAUUCCUUCUAUUCCUUUGAACUAAUAGUGGUUCAAAACUAUCUUUAUGCUGUGAACAGUAAGCGCAUGCUCUACUAUGAUCCUAGCCACAAUACGUGGCUGAACUGUGCUUCUCUUAAACGUAGUGACUUUCAGGAAGCCUGUGUCUUCAAUGAUGAGAUCUAUUGUAUCUGUGACAUCCCAGUCAUGAAGGUCUAUAACCCAGCCAGGGGAGAAUGGAGGCGGAUUAGUAAUAUUCCCUUGGACUCAGAGACCCACAACUACCAGAUUGUCAAUCAUGGCCAAAAGUUGCUUCUCAUCACUUCUACCACCCCUCAAUGGAAAAAAAACCGGGUGACUGUUUAUGAAUACGAUACUAGGGAAGACCAGUGGAUUAAUAUAGGUACCAUGUUAGGCCUUUUGCAAUUUGACUCUGGCUUUAUUUGCCUCUGUGCUCGUGUGUAUCCUUCCUGCCUGGAACCUGGACAGAGUUUCAUCACUGAGGAAGAUGAUGCACGGAGUGAGUCUAGUACUGAAUGGGACUUAGAUGGAUUCAGUGAGCUGGACUCAGAGUCAGGAAGUUCAAGUUCUUUUUCUGAUGAUGAAGUCUGGGUGCAGGUAGCACCUCAGCGAAAUGCACAGGAUCAGCAGGGUUCUUUGUAAAUAUUUUGAAGCACUAAAAUGUUUCUACUGCUAUGGAUGUAUCUUUAAAAGAUGUCCUUUUCUUGAAAAAAAAAAUGUUGAUUAGGACUGCAGAUUUGGUUUGGAAAGGGUGAUGUUUGAAUUACUAAUGUAAUGUUACAAAAUUUAAACAGUCCAUGAAAUCAACCUAUAUAAUAAUUUACUGUGCUAAAAGUCGAGAUUAAAAUAUGCAAAAAUGAACUAUAUAAUUAAUUAGAA